AUGUACUUCGCUGAGCACCGAUUUCUCGGAGAUACCGUAGACGUCCACCAACAGUCGUCGGGCGAUCAUGACUCUUCUCCCCAAUAUGAAGCUGCAACCCUGCAUCUCACCAAUGGCCUCGCUGUCACUUACGGUGAGAUCAACGGUCUUGCUGGAGACUACUUGGGUUUAGGCAAACCAAUCUCCUCCGAACCCAACGCUGAACGCAUGCAACUCAUGUUCCGGCGCUGGUUCGAUCUUCUUGACUUUUCACCUGCUGGCAGACUCAAAGCCGAAGCAAUCACCAAAGAGCUCAGUUCUAUGAAUGAGAAGGCUCUAGCUGUCAUGCGCUCCAGCCCUGAGAACGCUGCAGAUGAGCUUGCGGCUGUGUACAAGGACAAUCCCCUUGAUAUCACGCACCUGGAGGAAGUCUCCAAAGACCCCAGAUGGGCUAUUGGCUCGAGCUUCAUGCAGCUUCUCGAGGCGAAUGUGGAUCAUUUCGGUGUGGAGGCAAGGUCUACUUACAAUGCUGGCCACGCCGUCGCUCUCGAAGUCGCCGCUGGGGGUGAUCUCAAGACUGCUCUGGCAGUCAAUGCAUUUGCCGAUCACUUCCUGCAAGACUCUUUUGCAGCAGGCCACAUCAGAGUUCCUCGCAAGGAGAUCGCUGAGAUUGCCAAGAUCCAUCCGUACUCGAUCCCUUUCCUCAAGCAUGAGGACAUUGCCAGGGUCAUCAAUGCAUCUUCAAACGUCAUGCAUAACGAAGAUGGGGAACUGGGUCUGUGGCUCGAAAGUCCAUCCGGCGAGAGGUGGAAAGCCUUUGGUGACGGUAGACUGCCCGGUAAGGUUGUCUCCUCCGAGGCAACCUCCAAUAAUCUCGAUCAAUGCCGUAAGGCUGUGCAGCAGUCCAUUGCAGAGGUUCACGAUGCCUUUAACAACAAGAAGGCUAUUAAAUCCUCGAACUUUGGGGCUUGGCAUCAUGCUCCUAUCAUGGACAAAGUGUCUGUGCAUAUGGACAACCACAAUCCGCUUCUCAAGGUCCAGGAUGGUAAUCUUUUAAUGCGUGUUAAUGGCGUAUCCUCUGGUAAAUACGAGGUCUUAGAUGAGCUGACGAAGUGGGGUGCGUUCUGGACGGAUAACUUCAAGCAGGUGGAGGAUCAGGUCAGGCUGAUGGUGAUGAAGUUCUUGAACAAGUAAAGGGGCAUACAUCCUUCAUCUUGGAUCUAGAUAAGCUAGUGCAGUGUGGUUACCAAAUG